AUGCAAUCUACAUUAAAGAUUGGACUCGUUUUAUUUAUUCGGAGAUUUGGCCAAGAAGCUAUUACCUAUCGCAAAUUAUUGAUUUUAUGCUUAAAAUUUUUAGCAAAAGAUAAGGAAUACAAACCGUUUUUAAUAAAAGAAGCAGUUGAAUGUUUAGAGAAUAAUAUAGAAGAUCGAGCUACAUCAAAAGAAAUAUUAAAAUUACUUCCUAUAGAUCUUGACAAGAAAACUUUAAAAAAACUAAAAUUUUCGAAGAGUAUAUAG